AUGUCUCUGUCCAGGAUCUGUCGGGCGUCUUUACUGGUGAUUUUACUGCAAGUCCUCUUGAUCUGCUCGGCUCAGAGGGGCCCGGUGGGUCCCAGAGGCUCCGCGGGCCCGCCCGGUGUAGCCGGCGUUCCCGGAGUGGACGGCAUCGAUGGCGACAGAGGAGAAGACUCCACAGUGAGCGGGGGACCAGGUCCUGACGGCGAUAACGGCAAAGACGGAGCUGCUGGAGCUGCAGGUCUCCCGGGCGCAGACGGACCCGUGGGACCUCCUGGAGAUCCAGGUCCACUCGGCACAAAGGGACUGAAGGGAGACGCUGGAGGACGAGGGACCCCUGGAGAGCCUGGGGUUGGACCUGACGGACUCGAUGGUAUCCCUGGUACAGACGGGCUCCCGGGGGAAUUGGGCAAAGUUGGCGGCCCUGGGGCGAGAGGGAAGAGAGGUCAGGUCGGACUUCCUGGUGCCGCCGGGCCUCGGGGACCUGCGGGUGUUUAUCAAGGAGAAGACCUGUGUCCUAACGCCUGCCCGUCUGGUCUCAAUGGACACUCUGGUCUCCCGGGCAUGAAGGGCCACAAAGGGGUCAAGGGUGAAUCCGGUGAGCCUGGAAGACAAGGACACAAGGGGGAGGAGGGCGAUCAAGGCCUGCUGGGAGACGUGGGCGCUCAGGGACUACCAGGUCCAGGUGGAGCAAGAGGCCUCCCGGGGAUAUUGGGCUCCAAAGGGGACAGGGGAGCUCGUGGGAGUUUGGGCGGUGUGGGUCCUCAGGGGAUCCAGGGAGGCCCGGGCGACCUGGGCCAGAGAGGAGCCAUAGGUGAGGCUGGACCGGGGGGAGUGUCGGGGGAUCGAGGACCACAAGGAAUCAGAGGAGUGCCGGGUCCUGAAGGAGAAGCUGGUUUACCGGGUCCUGAUGGUCGGGAGGGAAUACCCGGGCUGCCAGGAACCAAGGGUCUUCCAGGGAAGAAUGGAGCUCCAGGUGACGGAGGCCUACAGGGACUUCCUGGUUUGCCAGGCACUUAUGGACAGAAGGGACACGCCGGUGGGAAGGGCAGCACAGGAGAUCCAGGAGCUGCAGGCCUGAUGGGGUCGCCGGGGAAACAGGGCGAGCGUGGCGAGCAGGGUGAGGUCGGACCAGUCGGACCCAGAGCCGGACCAGGUGAACGAGGAGAACGAGGGCCCGAGGGGCCUCUAGGAUCACCAGGAGCUCGGGGAGGCAAAGGGGACCCGGGCCUUCCAGGACUUCCUGGACCCGCUGGGUAUCGUGGUCAGACAGGAGACAGGGGAGCAGUCGGUCUGGACGGACCCGGAGGGGAGCAGGGACCGGCGGGUUCCGAGGGGACGUCUGGAGACAGAGGAGACCUGGGAGAACAAGGAGAAGGCGGAGAGAAAGGAUCGACCGGCCCACCAGGAGAGACGGGAAACAAAGGACCCGAGGGGGGCCGAGGACAGCCAGGGAAAGAGGGCAAGUCGGGCCAGUCGGGGCCGCGUGGCAUGCAGGGCGACGGGGGGGUGCCGGGCCUCCCCGGAUCCCAGGGACCAGCGGGAAAAGCACCGACAGACACACACAUCAAACAAGUUUGCAUGAGGGUGAUGCAAGAGCAGCUGGCCCAGCUAGCAGCCAGCCUGAGCAGGCCUGAGUCAGGAGUCUCUGGGCUGCCUGGCCCCCCCGGCCCGCCUGGACCCCCGGGAUCCUCUGGGGAGAACGGUUUCCCCGGACACUCCGGAUCUCGAGGACUGCCGGGGCUGAAGGGUCCGUCCGGGGUCAUGGGCCGCAAAGGACCCAAAGGUGACCACGGUGACCGAGGAGACAGAGGACACACAGCGCGAGGACCCAAAGGAGCACCCGGAGCGCCCGGUCAAGCAGGUGAAUCGGGUCGACCGGCUUACGGCAACGACGGGCGGGACGGCGAGCGGGGACCUCGGGGCGCUCCCGGGAUGCACGGCGUGCCCGGGCCUCCCGGUACCGCGGGUCUGAACGGUCACUGCGAGUCGUCGCAGUGCAUCCUGGCGAUGGUGGCGUCGCCGGUGUCAGCGAAGGACUCCGGCAUGAAGGGCCCCAACGAGAUGUGA